CUGCUGACAACAUGCCAACCAACAACACAACACCGGACUGCCUUCGUGCUGUCCACAUUUGGAACAUUUUCUAAGUCCUUUAAGUGGAUUGUGGAUAUAAAACUACGUCGAGGAAUAAACAUUAUUGAGAAAUGAACAGAAGAGAAUGAAAGAAAUGGAUUUUCUUAUCAUUUUUGGUUCCGCACUCUUUAUCUGCAGCAUAUCAGCCUCCGCAUCAAAGCUAUUCAGUGCAGACUUCUACGAGCCGAGAGGGCAAAGGAUCUGCAAGCGCGGCACAGAACGCCCCUGCUACAAAAUAGCCUACUUUCAAGACAGCAGACGCAAAGUGAACUUUGAGGAGGCGAGCCGCGCUUGUAAAAGUGAUGGCGGCGAGCUUCUCAGUAUCGAGUCCGAGGCUGAGCAGCAACUGAUAGAAAAUUUCAUCCAAGAGCUGAGAGCUGCCGAUGGAGACUUCUGGAUUGGACUACGCCGAGACGCGGGCUACGAGGAGACGAGUGGGGACUGCCCAUCACAGUACUACUGGAUGGACGGAAGCCAGUCAACAUUUAGAAACUGGCACUGGGACGAGCCGUCGUGUGGCUAUGAGGUGUGUGUGGUGAUGUACCACCAGCCAUCAGCUCCACCAGGCCUCGGUGGACUCUACAUGUUCCAGUGGAACGAUGACAACUGCGAGACAAAGAAUAACUUCAUCUGCAAGUACACCAAAGAGACUCCCCCUGUGCCUACUCCAUCAGCAAAUGGAAGUGUUCCAGGUGCUCCACCACCAUCCUUGCGACCAAAAUAUCCUUCAGUAACAAAAACAGAUGAAGGAAUGAGAGUUGUUGUAUCUCCAAACCCAGACAAUGCCUUAAAUAUUGCCUACAUCAUUCUUCCAACAAUUCCACUGCUCUUACUACUGAUAGUUGCAUCUGGAGUUUUUUGCUUCAAGCUUUUCACAAAGAGGGGUAAGGAACGAACUGAGACCUGUCCUAAAGAGCCAGGCUACUGGGUCUCUGAUGAACACUGCGACAGCCCCAGUCAAGACGUCUAUAACGUCAUAAGGAAGCAACACGAGGCGGACCUGGCCGGCACGCGGCCGGACAUCAAGAACACGUCCUUCCUGGGUUCUUCUCCUGACACGCCACCUGGCGACUACGACAACCUGGCUGGACGAGACACAGAAAGCGGCUUUGUGACGCUGGCAAGCACCGAGAGUGGCUUUGUGACCAAUGACAUUUACGACAUGUGUCAGCUGCGUAGCAGUGGACGAUACCACCGCGACACAGGAUGGUUGGACAGUGACCUGUAUGGCUAUUAAGGCCCUGCUUUCUGUGAACUUACCACUUUGUGCCAAGUAGUAAGGGCUUGCUCUUUGCCCCCUCAAAUAACCCCCUAAUACCCCAAAUCCCCCUGCUAUUAUCUGUUGCAACAUGGGGCAGUUGUUCCAGUAUGCAUCUCAUCCACUGAUCACAUCCAGGUUACAUCACAGUUUCAUUCUGGUGUUACCUGCAUGCAUUUGAAUUAACAACUGCUCUCCAAUGAAGAGAUGUCCUCGCAUACUGACGACUGCACAGUUGAACGUGUGGACAGAAGCAUGGGAGAAGCACUCACUCCUUAGUUGCAUGAAGAUACCUGAAGCCUGCGCUCAGUGCCUCCGAAGAGCAUCUAUCCGUUUGCAUCGUGGCAAUGGGCAGUACCAGCCAAAUGGUCUGAAAUACUCUCCAAGCAACGACUUCAAGAGGAUCUGAGUGUAAAGUGAUGAUUGUGAAAUGUCCUACUGAGGUGUCCUGUAGGACACCAAAUCCUGAGAAACUCUGAAGUCUGAAUGUAAUCACAUAUCUCAUGAGUUGAGUGUUAUUAGAAGAGACUUUACACUGUUGUGUUGGAUAUUGUUGAUUGUGUUAAGAAUGUGUUCAGGACUGUAUGGUCAAGUUGCACUAGUUACCGGAUAAGCUAAAAAGCAAAUUGAAUGAAGACUAUAUGCAUCUGUAGGUGGAUUUGCAUGGCCUCCCAUUGUUGCUUUCCUUUGGAGUUGUUGUUACAGGGCAAAUGAUGAUGCAGUAGAGAGCUCUGCCCUCUGCAGAUUGCCAUCGAUUGCCAUGGCCUGAGUUAUUGAUUUUGAGACACUCGCUGCUUUCUCUACACUGGAAUGUGUUUGUCAUGUUGAGGAAACUAACUAAAACAAACUAAUGAAAAUGACAGUGAACAGAAAGGUAUCUAUCAUGUGUCUGUAAGCAACUGGGAACUGGUGGUGUACAAAGUAGGUUAAUGUUUUUUUUUGUGUAAAUUUUUGUAGAUUGUAAAAAUAUAGAGAAUGAGCUGAACAGCAUGAUAGGUUAAGUGCUCUACUUUGAUCUGAGACUGUAUGUAUACUUACAUAGAUAAGUAUUUGGAAUUUGGUGAUUAAAAAUCAAACAGGAAUAAGGCAUUUUAAGGGAGUGUGUGUGUGUGAAUGUUUUGUGUAAGGGAUAA